AUGACGAUCUCAAAAAGCGAAAAAAUGAGCGAGGAAGUGAACAGUUUGGAGGAACAAGCACGCAAAAGACAGGAACGCUUAAAAUCACUUAAACGCAAACGUGAAGACAAGUCCAACGAUACGAAAAGUGACCAAGACGCCGCACAAACUCUACCAACGCCGAAAUUUCGCAGUUACAGGCCACAAGAUAAGAAUUUGAAUGAGCAUUUAGUCACAAAACGUGAAUCAAUUGAUGUGCGGAACGAAGUCAAGGAUUUGCUCGAUUUGGCUAAAGGUGAGAUGGUUAUUGAUCAAUUGGACAUUUCGUCACUUGCUCCGAGACAACCCGACUGGGAUUUGAAACGUGACGUUGAGAAAAAACUCGAAAAGUUAGCCAAACGGACACAAAAGGCCAUGGCUGAGUUAAUUCGCGAAAAAUUAAAAGCAAAACAGGAUCUGGCUGAGGUUUCAAACGCCCCAGUCGACAUGUGAUUGUAAUAAUUACGUUUUGUAUUGAUUUAUUCCUAAUAAAUUAUUUUUAUUGA